AUGGUUAUGUGCAGCAGAGGUGUACUCCUCAAGGUCGACGAACACCUGGAAGAAUCCCUCCUCGCCCGCGCCGAAACAGAGCGCAUGAACGAUCCUACAUUUCCGCAUCUUGAAUGCAUGGACAACCACACAUUCUUUAUGAAUUGUUCCGAUGAUAAUGAUUCACAGAGGCUGAGUCGGUGUGUUGAGACGCUGAAAAAGCAGUUGGGCGGAGCUGUCACAGUGUUUGAUUGGGACUAUGUGUCGGAUGGAAGUGAAAAAGAUGAUGAAGAGAUUGCGCGGACAGGGCAAACCCAGCCGACAAGACCAUCCAAUCAUCCAGAUAUUGUGGACGACACAGCAAACAAAGGGCCUAAGAUCAUCCAAUCGAAUAGUCCUGUAGACUCGACGUACGACUCUGAUGAUGCGCAUUUGGAUAUGUGCGAGGCCGACCUCUGGUUCGGAUCACAACGCGGUGGAAGCUCGAAGAAACGAAAGCGAGUUUCUUCAGUUGCAGACACGGAACCCGAAUAUGAUCUCGAAGUCCUAUCCCCGAACCAAGUAGACUCUUGUUCGAAACACAAGCCAAAAUGGGAUGCAAAGUCGAGACUAUCAUCCAGACUCACUGCACAUGAAUGGGCUCUCGAGCAGCAUGCCAAUGUCAUGACGGCUAUGGCGGUGCCAGACAACUCGCAGAAGCAAAGGGCUUAUUUGCAAAAAGGUGAGCGGCGAUACGAGGACUUUGUCAAGACACUCGUUGACCCUCGUGCGGACGCUCAGCAUCAGUUGGGUCUGUGUCCUUUGGACCAUUAUUUUGAUCUUGGUACCGGUAUGACUGUUGAUGAUGGAGUUUCAUUCAGGAUUGCGAAGGACAAGAACACAAGAAAAUAG